AGUCUCCUCUUUGACAAAAUAUCCCCUCUACAAAAUCUUUCACUUGUUUCUUCUCCUUAGAUUCUCUCAUUUACUAACCCCUCAUCCUAUUAAUAAUAAAAUUAAUUUCAUCCCUUUACUUAUCGUUCCUUUAUUUUUUCUUCGUCACUCUCCUCUGUUCUUUGUUAGAGUUGUUAAAGCAGCUGAACAGUUUUCUCCAGCGAUCUUGCUCAAGAAAUCGAUUUUCGGGAACCCCAUGUGAACAAAAGGCAAUUCAUCAAUCUAAGAUCUUGCGACCGGGCAAUGGAGGAAGUAGUGACAUUAGUUGCAUUUAGACUAUUUGUUAUUCUAUCAAUUUUACUUCUACCAAAUGUAUCCGAGGCGGAACCCAGAUCUCAACCGGUCCAGAUCAUAUGCGGUAACCAACACGAGCAUAAUACUACAAUUUAUGUCCCAAAUUUUGUUGCCACAAUGGAAACCAUAAGUGAACAAAUGAGAACUAGAGGCUAUGGAGUAGCAGUCACCGGCACUGGACUGGACGCUAACUAUGGACUAGCACAGUGCUAUGGUGAUCUUUCUUUACUUGACUGUGUCUUAUGCUAUGCUGAAGCCCGAACAGUCCUUCCUCAGUGCUUUCCUUUCAAUGGAGGGCGAAUUUAUCUCGAUGGCUGCUUUAUGCGGGCUGAGAAUUACACAUUCUAUGACCAGUAUUUAGGACCUGAAGACAGACAUGUCUGUGGAAAUAGAACCAGAAAGGGUUCUUUGUUCCAACAAACCGCUAGGCAGGCUGUUCAGCAAGCUGUUGCUAAUGCACCAAACAGUAAUGGCUAUGCACGCGCUGAAGUGGCAGUGCCCGGGGCAACAAAUGAGACAGCUUAUGUCCAAGCUGACUGCUGGAGAACACUGAGUGCUAACUCGUGCCGAGCUUGUUUGCAAAAUGCAUCUGCCUCUAUGAUGGGGUGCUUACCCUGGUCAGAAGGCCGAGCAUUGUACACUGGAUGCUUCAUGAGAUACUCGGAUGUUAAUUUUCUUAACGCUAUAGCUACCAGUGGAGACUCAUCAUCAAAUGGAAAUGUGGUAGUAAUUGUAAUUGCUGUUGUUAGUGCUGUGGUCGUUUUGGUAGUGGGAGCUGUUAUCGCCUUUUAUAUGUGGAAGAACAAACAAAUACAGAAGAAGAGAAAAGGUUCCAAUGAUGUGGAGAAAUUAGUGAAGACUCUUAACGAUAGUAGCCUGAACUUCAAGUAUUCAACUCUUGAGAAAGCCACCGGGUCUUUUGAUGAGGCGAACAAGCUUGGUCAAGGUGGAUUUGGUACAGUUUACAAGGGAGUUCUACAAGAUGGGAGAGAGAUUGCUGUUAAAAGGCUGUUCUUCAAUAACAAACACAGAGCUGCAGAUUUUUACAACGAAGUCAACAUUAUUAGCAGUGUUGAGCACAAAAAUCUAGUAAGGCUAUUAGGAUGCAGCUGUUCUGGACCUGAAAGUCUUCUUGUAUAUGAGUUCCUCCCGAACCAGAGUCUUGAUCGGUUUAUCUUCGCAGACCCUAGCAAAGGUAAAACACUGAACUGGGAAAAAAGAUUUGAAAUCAUUAUAGGGACUGCAGAAGGUUUGGUCUACCUCCACGAAAACAAUAAGACGAGGAUUAUUCAUAGAGAUAUAAAAGCCAGCAAUAUUCUUUUGGAUUCAAGGCUCAGAGCAAAAAUUGCUGAUUUUGGGUUGGCCAGGUCUUUCCAAGAAGACAAGAGUCACAUAAGCACUGCCAUUGCUGGGACUUUAGGAUAUAUGGCCCCAGAAUACUUAGCCCAUGGCCAAUUAACCGAAAAGGCAGAUGUUUACAGCUUUGGUGUUCUUUUAUUGGAGAUUGUUACUGGAAGGCAGAACAAUAGAAGCAAACACACUGAAUACUCUGACAGCUUAAUUUCUAUUGCAUGGCAGCAUUUUCAACAUGGGAGAGUAGAGGAAUUGUUUGAUCCAAAUCUUAUGUUGCACAACUACCAUACUAUCAAUGUAAAAAAUGAGGUUUUAAGAGUGGUACAUGUCGGGCUAUUGUGCACACAAGAGGUUCCGGGAUUAAGACCAUCUAUGUCCAAGGCAUUGCAGAUGCUGGUAAAGAAAGAAGAAGAGUUACCUGCACCGACUAAUCCUCCGUUUGUAGAUGAGAAAACCAUGGAGCUUCACGACCCUUGGGAUACUCCAUCUUAUCCCCAUAGAGAAGGUGAUUCGGCUUCAAUUGCCAACAUCUCUCACAGUUCAUUCUACCCCAGAUGAUGUUUCAGUGGCCUCAUAUAUAAAUCUGCGAGAGAAUGAAAUCUCCACUAUCAUCUUGCCUCGUGUUCCUUUUUGCAUACUCUAGGAGCAGAUGUUUUGUUAGUAACAACUGGCUAUUAUUAUUGUAAUGGUGAAGUGUUUGCGUAUAGGGGGCGGUUUAUCGUUGUUACUAAGUAUAUACACAUUACCAGGAAGAGAAAUCACAGAGCUUUUAAUGAGAAUUAGAUAAUUAGCAGUGUGCUAGCUACUUCAAAGAAUGGAGGUAUUGAUUCUUACACAUUUUGAAUCAUUUUAGUAUUAUCUUCUUCUGUAAUUCUUGCUUCUUUAUCCAUUAGUAAUUUCACCAAGCCUUUUUUCUUUUUGGUUCA